AGCCCCCUUGUCUGUGGAGCCAAAAGGUGAACUGCAGGAAGAUCCCAGCCCUGUACACAUGGGGUAGAGCCAGCCAGGAGGCAGGAGAGGCCAGAGCUGUCGUUCUGGGCAGCCCACUCGAGGAUGGCUCCCAGUCUUCCGGAAAGUGCUCGGCUUGGGGAAAGCAAACCCUCGCCUUGCUCCUUUUCAAUUGAGAGCAUUUUAGGAUUGGACCAGAAGAAAGACUGUGUUCCUUCAGUGAAACACCACAGACCGUGGGCAGACACCUGCAGCUCCUCAGGGAAAGAUGUUAACCUAUGUGUGCAUAUCCCGAGCCUUUCUAAUGGGGUCUCAUUCCCUUGUACUGUGGAUCACCCAGUACCAGAAGAAAGAUUUUUGAAAUACGAAAAUUACUUUUCAGCCUCAGAAGGACUGUCUUUGAAAAGAGAACUGAGUUGGUAUAGAGGCCGGAGACCCAGAACUGCUUUUACUCAAAACCAGAUUGAAGUGUUGGAAAACGUCUUUAGAGUUAACUGCUACCCGGGCAUUGAUAUCAGAGAAGACUUAGCUCGAAAAUUGAAUCUAGAGGAAGACAGAAUCCAGAUCUGGUUCCAAAAUCGGCGUGCAAAGCUGAAAAGGUCCCAUAGAGAAUCACAGUUUCUAAUGGCGAAAAAAAAUUUCAACACAAAUCUCCUGGAAUAGAUAGAAACUAAAUACGUGAGAUUAUCUUACAAUUGCAGAACAUGAAGAAUCAAUGGAAAUAUCAAGUGUUAAAAACAUGUUUUCUUUUCUGCAUUUAAUCUAAGUGUUGUCAUUUUUUCCCUAAAAUAUAUUGUAAAUAUUUACUGUUAUAAUAUGGUACCUAUUAUACUUGGCACUUUUAGUUACAAUAAAGGCCUUUCCUAUAUAUUUUAACAAAAUUUUCAUAAAAAGCCAGCUAUUUUUUAAGUGAGCAAAUUUAAUCUAAUUAAUUAGUUCGUUAAAACUCAUGACUAGGUGAUUCCACAAGCUGGAUUCAAUUUGCAAAAUAAUUCAAGUAAAAUAA